AUGGGCGCCUCUUCCUCGUCCCCGUCCUCCUCUCCUCCAUCUCCUACUCCUCCCCCAACCGAACAAGACUUGCCUUGCCAACCUGAGAUGGAUGCCUUUGUGGCUUGCGUCAAAGCGAAGCCGGAAGGUCUGAGGGCUACGGAUUGUGAGGAGCUGAGAGAUCGAUACAAGCUGUGCAUGGUGGAAUAUAAGGCGACUAAGGACGGCAGUGUAGGAAAGCGAGGAUGA